AUGAAGCAUUUCCUUGGAAUAGAAGUGAAACAAUGGACAGGUGGAAUCUUCAUUGGUCAAAGAAGAUAUGCAGGGGAAGUUUUAGCAAGAUUUGGUAUGGAGGAUAGUAAUGCUGUAAAAAACCCAAUAGUUCCGAGCACGAAAUUACACAAAGAUGAAGGUGGCGUUAGAGUUGAUGACACUCUGUUCAAACAAGUAGUUGGAAGCCUUAUGUACUUAACUGUAACUAGACCUGACUUGAUGUUCUGUGUUAGUUUGAUAAGCAGGUUUAGGGCUAGUCCUACUAUGACACAUUGGCUUGCAGCAAAAAGGAUUUUAAGGUAUGUAAAAGGUACAAUCAAUCUGGGCAUCUUCUACAGGAAAGGAGAAAGCAAUCUAAAACUUGUAGCCUUCACUGAUAGUGAUUAUGCUGGUGACUUAGAUGAUCGAAGAAGCACUUCCGGAUUUGUGUUUAAAUUAGGAGCAUGA